AUGGAAUGACUGGUCGUAUGGUUUGGUUUGCAGUGAUUGACAGCUCAGGAGACAUACGAGACAUAGACUGUUGUGAAGGCACGAGUCAUCACUCAAUCACUUCCAACACAUCCAACACUCCAUCCAUUGCCGCCAUUAGCUACACAUAUGGAGGUCAUGGACUCAAUGGGAUCAUCCGCUGUAGUCGUGCAUCCAAUGGACGCCACGAAUGGAGACAAUGGCGUGAAUGGGACGGAAGGGCUGACUGCGAGUCCGAUGACCACAUCGGCGCCAAUGAAGACAUCAGACACACCGAUGGACACAAUGGAGACACAACUGGAGACCCAAACGGUGAUCCAAAUGGUGUCUGAAAUGGUGGGCCAAUCGGUGAGUCAUUGGUGUGAACCUAAGAGCAGAUAUCAGCGCAAGACGUGCACCGAAAUGGCGGUCAAGUUGUGGCGCGUAUUGCAGACAAUAAAUGGUUUCCAUAAGAGUCGCCAAGAGUUGCACCAAAAGGUUUCCAACCAAAUGCUGUCCGAGUUUAACGUCAAACUCAACGACAAUCGGAUCAAUCAAUUGAUUGAAACGGCAAUCGACGACAAACUGAUUACCGCCGAAGAGACGGAUGACUCGCAGAUCAGAUAUGUGGCGAACUUUGAUCGGCAACUGUUUGGCGAAGUGAGCACUGAUUGGUUGUGCUUUGAGUGCCAUUUGGCGGUUGAGGAUCGGAUGCUGAUUGGGUGCACCACUUGUUUCCGAGCAUUUCAUCCGCAGUGUCUCAAAGUGAAGGUCAACCCAAAUAGCUAUGAAUGCGGAUAUUGCGAGCGUUUGGUCCAAAGGGACACCACUUUGAAAGUGAAUCAAAUCCCAAAAGCAUUACUCAAUAAAUGCAUUUGUCUUCUGCUUAACAAUCUUGAGCUCAGUUUCGACUCACAGAUGACCACCAAUUAUGAGGUGGACUCCACUCCAAGAGCUCAGGUGUUUGUCUUUAAAGCCAUGGAUCUCUUAACCAUUCGCGAGAAGGCAACGAACGGUAUGUACGACUCGUUGCAAGAAGUGGUGAACGACUUCAAGCACUUCCAACACAAUUAUAUGGUUUGCGUUGACUCUGAGUUCAAACGAAAGCUCAAAGAAGUGCUCGAAUUGGAGAAGAAGUUCACUCAUGAGGUGAAAGAGUUGACACUUUGUGUGGACUGUUACGUGUAUUCGUCGGACAUUGGGUUUGACAUCUCAGACAAGCCCUACGACUGGUUCACUCUGGUGUGCUCACCCCCACACGAACUGGUGUUCGCCAAGUUUGGCAAAUACCCCUAUUGGCCGGGAAAGGUCAUCAACCGGUCACCCAAUGGCAAGACAUACGACAUUCGCUUCUUCGAUGCCCCAGAAUUCUCGCGAGCGCUCAUUCCUGACAUCAAAUGCCGACCCAUAGAAGGCUUCAAGUAUGAAGAGGACGAUGAGCUGGAACUGCCCGUCCAGUUGCUGGAGGAGCACAUCCGCAAAAUCAAUGAAAAGGGCCUCCAAUUCGUCCAAACAGUUAAGACGCCGCCAAUCAGGACUUCCGCUAAGAAGAGGGCCAAUAUGGACACCGAUGCCGCACAACGUCCGGCCAAACGCUCCAAGAAGUCCACGGAUUCCUCAAUGAAUUGA